AUGCUUGCAGCUGUUCAAGGUGCUAAUAAAAACCAUGAUGAGGUCGUUGUGGCGUUUAAAUUUGACUGUAAACAGUAUGGACAAGGAGAAUUACGAGCUCGUGUUUUUUAUGAAAGACUUGCCAUAUAUUUUGGUAGUAAGCUUAUGCUCGAGCAUAUGCUUCCUCAGCUAGCAAGACUUAUUCCAGAUGACAAGAAGAGAAAGAAGUUAGUUAAAGUACAUGUGAAAAACAUGCUGAAUCAUGGACGUGUAGGUUCUACAUGCAGUACAAGUAGUAGUAGUAGAAACUGUCAAGCUCGACGACCAGUGUCUAGUUCAGGUGGGGUGAUGAUUCGGGAGAAUCCGUCAUUGGGUCUUUUAAUAAGAAAUCGACGCCCAUAUUCAGCGUCGGAACUUAUUCGACGAGACAGUAUUGAGAGUGACACGUCGAGUAAUACAAGCGGGGAGUUGGUUCUGACCGCUCCAGGAUCCAGACGUCCUAUCAGUCGUCAUACAGAUAACCCAAAAUGUGCCAUUUGCAGUGAAGCAUUUGACAUUAAACGACGUAGACAUCAUUGCCGCAAGUGUGGGGCAAGUGUGUGCCACUUGUGUUCUCCUGCGCGGAUGUUGAUCUCACCUGACCAAGUAGCGAAUGACAAGAUGAAGAAAAAGUACGACCCGGCACAUCCGCAACUAGUUUGCACCAUUUGCGCGCCGAUUCUGCAGUGUUUCCAGGAUGGCCUAAACUUGCAAUACGCAAACUGCCACAAAGAAAACCCUCAUGAAAUUAAGGCAAGACUGCACUUACCGCUUAGCCGGUCGCUGGAAAGUGCAUGCCGCUCAGCAGCAGACAUUCUAGGUAACUUUUUCCGACCAGAUUUUGGUGCUGAAAGUGAUCGAUAUAUUCCAGUCAAUUUUCUGAAGCGUGCACAAGGUAUUGCUUUCCUUACAAUUAUCAAGGCAGGCCUGCUUAUUACCGCCAAAAUGGGCACUGGUAUUGUUAUUGCAAAGCUGGGUGACGGCUCGUGGUCUGCGCCAUCUGCUAUUGGCACGGUGGGUAUAGGAGGCGGACUUGAAGGUGGCGGUGAAUUGAUCGAGGUUAUGAUUAUUAUGGGCUCCAAGAAUGCUGUCAACGUUUUUCACCGUACGCAGGUGAACAUCGGUGGUGGGUUGAGUGUAGCUGUUGGUCCGUACGGACGUGAUGCACUGGCGCAAGCUGCUGCCAGUCGAGGUGGUUUCAACGCGAACUACAGUUACUCUCACAGUCGAGGACUUUUUGCUGGCAUUUCACUUCAUGGAGCUGUCAUUACUGCGCGGACAGAGAUGAACAGCAACUUUUACGGUCAGAAACUUACACCUGAAGAAAUAUUGAGCGGUGCAAUUCCGCAUCCACGUGCUGCGCAGUGCUUGUACGAUGCCAUUGACCAGGCCAUGGUAGGGAUCGCUCAAUUUGAAGCCCCUGGAGAGCCAAGACGACGCUCACCAUCGGCUGCCGCUGCUUCAGAAGGUCCAUGCAAGUCUUGCCGAUGUGAUCAAUGCGUCCCCAGGGCCCUUUCAAAAAAGUGUAAGAAUUGUGCCCAUGUGCACAAUCUGUAG